AUGAUGGGGAUAGGAAUGAGUAUCUCACAGAUUGGAGUAGGAUAUGUUAUCAAAUUUUCAGGAUAUACAUAUCCUUAUCUUGUAGCAAUUGGAUCUUCUGCCAUUGGUGUCAUCAGAAUUUUACCAAUACCGAUAAUAAAGGCAAUCCUUUCUCGAAUGGUCCUUUCAGACAAACAAGGAGCACUUUUUGCUAAUAUAUAUUUACUAGAAGCUGUGUGUCGACUUGGUGGUUCGACAUUAUUUAACAAUAUAUAUCACCACACUCGUCCGAUAUUUAAAGGAAUGGUAUUCUUUGUUAUGGCUUGUUUUCCAUUGUGUGCCGGUAUCCUCUUAAUGUGCAUGACAUGCAAAAACACUCAAUCAGAUAAAAUCGAGAUUAAAGUUGAAGACCCAACAGUUCAAAACAGGAAAGAAAAUUGCCGUUGUGAAGAAAAUCUCAAGAAAGCACAGAAAGAAGAUACAAAUGUUAUCGCAAAAAACUAAGCAAGAAGUGAUACAAUCUAUAAAAACAUAUACUAGAACAACAUAUACUUAUUAUAUUAUUAAACAUUAAUGUAAAAUGAAUAAAAGAAGAUG